AUGUUUUUUACUCGUUUUACGUGUAAAACGUUCGAUCGAGGGCCUAAAGUAAUACCAGAAGAAGGACCUUAUAAAGCUUUCGUUGGCAAUUUGCCGUAUGAUUGUAUAAGAGAAGUUAGAAUGAUGCGAGAUCAUGAAUCAGAUCGCUUUAAAGGCUUUGCUUAUGUUGAAUUUGGCACAAAAUCAGAUCUACAAACCGCACUUGAAUUGAAUGGAACGCUUUAUGGUGGGCAAGCAUUACGCGUCGAUAUAGCUGAUGCACCACGCAGUCGAGAUGGUCGUGGUAGUCGAGUUGGUCCGAGGGGUUCUAGAGGUGCAUACAAUCGUGGAAGUUCGGGAGGAGAAUCAUUCAGAAGUGGGCGCGGCAAUUUUGAUAAUGAUUCCUAUCGUGGCGGUAACAGAGGAAAUUUCAUAAGAGGAAGGCGAGCUUUUAGAGGUCGUCGAAGCAACGCCGAUUCAGAAUUUAUUGCUCAUCCUAAUGAUCCCACGCGUCCAAGGCUGAAUUUGCAGCCGCCAAUAACAGAUCCGGAAGAAUUAGAAAGGCGUAGAAAAAAAGAUGAAGAGGAAACGAAACGGCGGCAGGCCCACAUUUUUGGUCUGAAAGAAUAG